UCCGGCAAUCUACCGGCCGCCGUCCGCCGUCCGCCGCCAGUAACUCUGCAAUUUCUUGAUUUUGGCAUCCAUUAUUAUAUGAUUGUUUUCUGGUUCCUUAGUGAAAGAUUAUAAGAACGAAAAUUGUCGAUCUUCGUUCUGGAUUGUCACUGGGGCGGUAAUUUAACUGGAAAGUUGAAUGGAAGAGAAAUUGAAAUUGCUGGCUUUGGUUGGAGCUGGAGCUUUAUUCGGCUCUGCUGCUACUGUUUCUCUCUUGAAGCUUUUCCCUGGGGCGGUUACCCAUGAGGAUACCAAAGAGGCAAUUAAAGCAAAUGGUACUAAUCCUGUCCUAGGAAAGAAGCCUGCAAUGACUCCGCCUGACUUGCUAAGCGAUGAAGUAGUUUGUGAACAAUUAACCAGGAAUAUUCAAUUCUUUGGGCUUGAUUCCCAACAAAAAGUUACUGCAUCAUAUGUUGUGGUAAUUGGUCUAGGAGGAGUUGGGAGUCAUGCUGCAGCUAUGCUUUUGAGGUCUGGUGUUGGCAGGUUACUGCUUGUGGAUUUUGACCAGGUGACAGUUUCAUCACUGAAUAGACAUGCUGUUGCAACAAGAGAGGAUGUCGGUACCCCAAAAGCCUUCUGCCUUGAGAAGCAUUUUCAAUCAAUAUUUCCAGAGUGUCACGUCGAUGCUAAAGUUCUGUUAUAUGAUUCAUCUUGUGAAGAAGAAAUCCUUUCUGGCAAUCCUGACUUUGUCUUGGACUGUAUUGAUAACAUUGACACUAAGGUGUCUCUUCUUGCUGCAUGUGUACGCAGGGGUUUAAAAGUAAUUUCUGCAACAGGAGCUGGGGCGCGUCUGGAUCCCACUAGAAUACGUGUGGCUGACUUAAGAGAGUCAGCUAAUGAUCCAUUGUCUCGAGCUGUAAGACACCGCUUGAGGAAAGAUCACGGCAUUGAUAGUGGCAUUCCAGUAGUUUUUUCUUUAGAAAAGCCGAAAGCCAAGCUUCUCCCCUUUAGAGGAACAACUGGAGAGGAAGAAAACCCUUCAGAUUACCAGAUAGUACCGGGUUUUAGGGUUCGCAUAAUUCCAGUUCUAGGACAAAUACCUGCAAUUUUCGGGCAAGUCAUGGCUUCGUACGUUGUGACCCAACUUGCAGGGGUGCAUGUUCAGAUGGAGCCUGUCGUCAACUUUGACAUGGACCAUUACCAUACCCUACACCAGCGUCUCAUCGAGCACGAAGAGUUGAUAUAUGGGACAUCCAUGCAAGUUGAGGUAGAUGUUGAAGAAGUUAGGUAUGUAGCUAAAGAGUUAUGGCAUGGGAGAAGUGCCAGGGACCUCACGGCUAGAGAUGUUGGGCGUGCAAUGUGGCGCUCAAUCAACGAGUUGAUGCUUGUCAGAUGGGAUAGAACAAAGCCAGCAUCUGUGUCAAACUUGAUCCUUUUGAGAUUCAAUGAGGCGGAAGAGCACGAGUUGAAGACGGUUGAAGAAAUAAAGGAGAGAGAGCCACAAUUCUUUGACAGGGUGGUUUCUGUGUUAAAGGGAGCAGAGUUGGAGUUUGGCUCCAUCCAUUAAAGCCGUCUGUUUUCUUGAGCUUUGCACCGUGUCUAAGAAGAGGGGAGGCCAUUGUUGUUUUGUACGAGUAGUUUAAACUUUAAACUGACAAUUCUAUUUUUUUUUGGUGAUACAUUAAAAAUUAAUGUUCAGUGUGUGUAGUGAAAUUUGCACUUAAUAGGACUAAAAUAUAAAUCAUUCCCCAAUAUAAGACUUAAUAAUAC